AGGCACUCUCUUUCAUUUCUUGUCCGCUUUGAAGAGAGGAAGUUUCUUGCCAGAGGAAGGAUGGCCCGUACCAAGCAAACAGCUCGCAAGUCCACCGGCGGGAAGGCGCCUCGCAAGCAGCUGGCCACCAAGGCCGCCCGGAAGAGCGCCCCGGCCACGGGAGGCGUCAAGAAGCCGCACCGCUACCGGCCGGGCACCGUGGCCCUGCGCGAGAUCCGGCGCUACCAGAAGUCGACGGAGCUGCUGAUCCGCAAGCUGCCCUUCCAGCGGCUGGUGCGCGAGAUCGCGCAGGACUUCAAGACCGACCUGCGCUUCCAGAGCUCGGCGGUGAUGGCCCUGCAGGAGGCCAGCGAGGCGUACUUGGUUGGCCUCUUUGAGGAUACCAACCUGUGCGCCAUCCACGCCAAGCGCGUCACCAUCAUGCCCAAGGACAUCCAGCUGGCCCGCCGCAUCCGGGGCGAGAGGGCUUAAGGCGCCGCAGCAACAGGGAGCGAACCGUAGGAACAUCAACAAAGGCUCUUUUAAGAGCCACUA